GUACAAUGUGCAAUUACAUAUAUAAUAAUUAAAUGGUGCUAUGUAAGAUCAGCUUUUAUUAAUUUCAAAUACUAUUGUUACCGCAAUAAAGUCAAAGGCGCAAAGAAUUAUAUAUAAAAUAAUGAAAAUUUCCGGUUAACAAUAUUGUAUAACCUCACCAAAAAAAAAAUACGAAAAAAAUAUGGCUAGUUCAGUAAUUGUUGCAGGUUUAGCCCUUUCAGCAGUGGGUUUUGCUGGUCGUUAUGUUUUACGGCAAAUGCCAAAUGUUUCACAAAAGGUUUCUGAAGCUAUGAAAAAUCUUCCAAAAUUUGAUGCAGAUAGUCUUGCAAAUUCUCGGUAUUACAAAGGUGGUUUUGAAACAAAAAUGACAAAGCGAGAAGCCUCUUUAAUUUUAGGGAUCAGUCCCACAAGCCCAAAAAGCAAGGUUAAAGAGGCAUUUAAAAAAAUUAUGUCUCAGAAUCACCCGGAUAGAGGAGGUUCACCAUAUUUAGCAGCAAAAAUUAAUGAAGCAAAAGAUUUAAUGGAAAGCGGCAAAUCUCAUUAAUUAUAGUAGCAUGUAGAAAAUUAUUAUGUAAUUGUUGGU